AUGCCCAAAAUAAAUCUUUCACCUGUUAAAAUGCGACCAUCCAAUGGCGACACGACCACUAUCGACGUCGAUCACAUGAACCUGACCAAUACUAAAAAUAAGAAAGUCGAUGUUUCCGUCCAAACGUUACAUAUAGUACCUUAUAGACUCCGGUUCGUUCCAGGAACGGAUUGCGACGUAAAACUGAGUCCUUCCGAAAAGAGCUGUGCUCUUAAGUUAGCAUGUUGCUGUAGAUUAUUUAGCCAAUGGAUUUUGUCGCAGAUAGGAUUGAGCAUGAUUUUAGUAAUUUGGGCAUUGCUUGGUGCGUAUGCUUUUUUUAAUACGGAAGUAUUUUUGUAA